GCAGCCAAAAAACGACAGUAAUCAAAACAAGCAGCACCUUAAUCGCAGCCUGAUUAUUUUGCCGACUACUUACUAUUAUUAUGCGUCUCUUCACUUCACCCUCAUUUCAGAACCCCUGCUUUUCUCUCUUCCCUCUCCCAAACCCUCGUCUUCUUCCUCGAAGACCUCCUCGAAGACUUCAGAUCUCGUCCAGGACCCCGAUCAGAUCCAUGGCGGCCAGGGAUGAUGACCGCAUCUCGAAGAUCGCCUCGUCGAUCCGCGUCAUUCCGAACUUCCCCAAGCCGGGGGUGAUGUUUCAGGACAUUACGACGCUGCUGCUUGAACCGAAGCUGUUUAGGGACACGAUUGAUAUGUUCGUGGAGAGGUACAAGGACAAGGGGGUCACUGUUGUUGCUGGAAUUGAAGCGAGAGGCUUUAUAUUUGGGCCUCCCAUUGCUUUGGACAUAGGAGCAAAGUUUGUACCUAUGAGAAAGCCAAAAAAACUGCCUGGUGAAGUCAUUUCGGAAGAGUACUCUCUAGAAUAUGGUACAGACAAAAUGGAGAUGCAUGUGGGAGCUGUACAACCAGGAGACCGCGUCCUAGUCAUUGAUGAUCUUAUUGCAACUGGAGGGACUUUGUGUGCUGCAAUCAAGCUUCUUGAACGCGUGGAAGCAGAGGUGGUGGAAUGUGCCUGUCUUAUUGAAUUGCCAGAGUUAAAGGGCCGCGAGAGACUAGGAGAUAAACCACUCUUCGUCCUUAUAGAAGCAGCUUGAUGUCGGCUUUUUUUUUUUUAGCUGCGGGGAGUUUCACCGCUGCAUUAGCCUCUUUGGCUCUGAUUAUUGUAAUAAAUUGAUAUAUAAACCAAGCAUUAUUAUUAGAGCGCUUUUGUACUACAUAGACAACAUGAUUAUAGAACCUUAUUGUAUUGAUGUGUUUUUCUCACCAAUAAGCAAUGCAUGCCAUGUCUCCAAACACAGGCAGCAAUAUUUUAUUGGUGUGCCAGUAGUCAAAGAGAACUUCACGUGAUGAUGUGAAUUUUUGUGGUU